AUGUCUUCAUCGCCGCCUGCUGAUGAUGGAUUUACCCACCAGCUGGCCAUCACGCUAUCUAGAGCUCUUAAUCUUUUGAACCCGAACGAUCUGCUCGCUCGCCGAGUGCAAGACAUUGCAACGACGAACUCUCUGGAGAGCUUUACAACUGCUGCAAAGUCUUUUGGCAAGUUCAAAGACUCCUUCCUUGCUGAGCUGUAUUCCGAGAUUACCGCACAUGCUAAGCAGGAAGCAGCGGGACAUGUUCCUCAGCCGGUUCAAGGCAUUGUCGUACACGAUAGUGAGGUACUCGAGCCGGAGCCUGUGCGACAGGGAGGCUUGAUGCGUGAUGAUGCUAGACAUACAUUCCGUCAACCUGCGAAGCCGAUUGAGCCUCCAACGCCCAGAGCUUCUGUACUAGGGCUAGACGUACUUGCUCAAGAGAAGCGUGCACAAGCAGCUGCGAAUGGAGAGGGAAGCAGAAAGCGGCAGAAGUUGGAUGAUAAUUCGGAGCCCGUGUUCAAAGUCCCUAGCUUGCCUCUCUCACGGACAGCCAACAUUCGUCAGCGCGGAGAGGAGACCCCAUCACAUCCAGGUGGUCUCUCAGAGACCGCCCGAAACAGGCUGGAGGAGUUCAGGCGUAAACGAGAACGAGAGGGGAUCAGAGCUCAGAACGAGCGACGUGAUACGGGUCCUCGGGGGCUUGGCGACUUCCAGCGACGCUCAAACCGCGACCGGCCUGGCGACCGUCGUCGGGAUUACGACAGGGGCCACGACAGGGGCCGAGACAGACGAGGAUGGGACGCCACUCCGCGCUCGGAGCGUGGUGGCCGCGAAGACGUACCAAGCGUGCGGGUGCCGAACAUCGGCUGGGAUGCGACGCCGCGGCGACUCUCCUCGCCAUCAUUGUCUACGCCCAUGCGUAAUCGCCGAUGGGACGCACCGACGCCCCGUCGGCGCUCGCCGACGGAAGAGGAGGACGAGGAGGAAGUGAAAGAGAUGGGGUUGGAUGCGCAUGAGUGGGAGGAAGAGCAGAUACGCCUGGAUCGGGAUUGGUAUAUGGGCGCGGAGGAGGGUAGUAUGGCUGAUGAGGAGUUCAACCCGUUGGCGCAGUAUGAGGACUUGAGUGCGGUCAGGGAAGCUGAGGCUGCGACCAAGAGGGUGAAGAAGAUUUCUGCGAAACAGGCGCAAUACAAUGCGGACAAUGACCUCUGGGAGGCUAAUCGAAUGCUCACGUCUGGUGUGGCGACACGGAAGCCGAUUGAUCUCUCCUUUGAGGACGAGUCCGAAUCGUCCGUACACGUUAUGGUCCACGACCUCAAGCCUCCAUUCCUAGACGGGCGAACCGUUUUUACGCGACAGCUUGAGCCAAUCAAUCCCGUACGCGACCUUACCAGUGAUAUGGCCAUUUUCGCCCGGAAGGGCAGUGCUCUCGUGAAAGAGAAGCGUGAGCAGGCGGAGCGCGCUAAAGCCGCUGCCAAGCUCGCUGCACUUGGAGGGACUGCGCUCGGAAACAUCAUGGGCGUGCAAGACGAAGAGGCACAAGCCGAGGCUGAAGCAGAGGCGAAGGUUAAAGCGGGCGAGAGCGAAGACUAUAAGGGGGAGUCGAAGUUCGCGACACAUUUGAAGGCUGCCGCGGGUAUGAGUACGUUUUCCCGUACAAGGACGCUUAAGGAGCAGCGCGAGUACUUGCCGGCCUUCGCGUGUCGCGAAGAGCUUAUGAAAGUCAUUCGCGAUAAUCAAGUCAUCGUUGUUGUCGGAGAGACCGGCUCCGGAAAGACCACCCAGCUUGCACAGUUCUUGUACGAGGACGGAUACUGUACAUAUGGCAUUGUUGGUUGCACCCAGCCUCGUCGUGUCGCUGCUAUGUCUGUAGCGAAGCGAGUGAGCGAGGAGAUGGAGUGCAAGCUCGGGUCCACAGUGGGUUACGCUAUCCGAUUCGAGGACUGUACAUCGACCGAGACGAAGAUCAAGUACAUGACUGACGGUGUCCUCCUCCGCGAGUCACUGAACGAAGGCGACUUGGACCGAUACAGCAUCAUCAUCCUUGACGAAGCUCAUGAACGUUCCCUGAGUACGGAUGUGCUGAUGGGUCUACUCCGUAAGAUCCUGUCGCGUCGCAGAGACUUAAAGUUAAUCGUCACAUCUGCCACGAUGAACGCGGAGAAGUUUUCCACCUUCUACGGCAACGCGCCGACGUUCACCAUCCCCGGACGGACAUUCCCUGUAGAGGUCUUCCACGCGAAAUCACCAUGCGAGGACUACGUCGAUAGCGCGGUGAAACAGGUGUUGCAGAUCCAUCUCUCGCUCCCUCCAGGCGAUAUUCUGGUGUUCAUGACUGGUCAGGAGGAUAUCGAGGUGACUUGUCAGGUGGUUCAAGAGCGUUUAUCACAACUGGACGAGCCCGCGCCUAUUGCCGUGCUUCCAAUCUAUUCGCAAAUGCCAGCAGACCUGCAGGCGAAGAUCUUCGAACCUACAUCGGAUGGGAGGCGGAAGGUCAUCGUCGCGACUAACAUUGCUGAGACCUCGCUGACCGGUAAGUUCUGCUACCGGUUGUAUACUGAGAUGGCGUACCGCAACGAGAUGUUUGCAAACACCAUUCCGGAGAUUCAGAGGACGAACCUGGCGAACACGGUUCUAUUGUUGAAGUCACUCGGCGUGAAGAAUUUGUUGGAGUUUGACUUCAUGGAUCCACCUCCUCAGGCAAAUAUGCUCAACUCCAUGUAUCAGCUAUGGGUGCUCGGGGCCCUUGACAACGUCGGCGAUCUCACACCUGUCGGGCGGAAGAUGUCCGAGUUUCCGAUGGAGCCGUCAAUGGCAAAGAUGCUUAUCGUCUCGGUCGAGUACAAAUGUUCGGCGGAGAUGCUCACUAUCGUAUCUAUGCUCUCUGUGCCGAGCGUUUUCUAUCGACCAAAGGAACGUAUGGAAGAGGCAGACGCCGCAAGGGAGAAGUUCAAUGUACCGGAAAGUGAUCAUCUGACGUUGCUGAACGUCUUCUCUCAAUGGAAGAGCCAUGGAUAUCGCGAUGAUUGGAGUAUCCGACAUUUCUUGCAUCCGAAGUUGCUUCGGAAAGCGAGGGAAGUCCGUGCCCAGCUGGAAGACAUCAUGAAGUUCCAGAAGAUGGAGAUCAUUUCUGUUGGUACCGACUUCGAUGUCAUCAGGAAAGCGAUAACGGCGGGCUACUUCCACCAAGCGGCCAGAGUGAAGGGUAUCGGCGAAUAUGUCAACAUUCGGACUGGUCUGCCGACACACCUGCACCCGACCAGUGCACUGUAUGGAUUGGGCUAUACGCCCACCUACGUCGUCUAUCACGAGUUGAUCUUGACGUCCAAGGAGUAUAUGACUCAAGUCACAGCUGUCGACGCGUAUUGGCUAGGUGAGCUCCUCGGAUCUGUCUUCUACUCAGUAAAGGAGAAGAAUUUCGAUGAACAUGGCAACAGACGUGCCACCGAUCGAGAGUUCUCCAAGAAAGCGGAGUUGGAGACAGAGAUGGCCAGGCAGCGAGAGGAGACUGCGAAGAGAAAGCAAGAUGAAGCAUUGGCGGUGAAGAUCGCGAGCGGUUCCAGCUCCAAGAUCAUCGUCCCUGGCACGCCGAGGCACACUGGCAUUGGUGCCGGUGCGCGAGUGACGCAAACACCCAGACGUCGGGUUGGUAUAUAG